UUUGUCUCAUCUCAGUCUGUGGGGCGGCAGAAAUUGUCAAGUAUCAGACCUCAGAUAGCAAACUAAGCAUUAUUGAGCUACUGCUUUUUUGUUGUUUUUUUGGCAGCAAUCAUGUUUAACUUUUAUUUGCUUGCUUACACAGUUGUCAUUUUUUGCUUAGGAUGCUUGCUGUUUCUUUACUCCCUGAGGUAUAACACACUCUUAUCUGCAGUAGGAAAAGCUGUAUUGAUCACAGGUUGUGAUUCAGGGUUUGGCCAUGCACUGGCCAAGCAUCUCCACUCUCAAGGGUUUCUUGUGUUUGCAGCAGUGCUGGAUGAAGAUGGAAAUGGGGCCCAGGAACUGAAGUCCUAUUCUUCAGGGAGGCUAAGAGUCUUCCAGAUGGAUGUCACCAAGAGGGAACAAGUUCAAGAUGCUCAAAGAAACAUCGAAUGCCAUCUUGAAAACAAUGAUUUCUGGGCUGUUGUGAACAACGCUGGUGUCAUCAUAAAUGUUGGAGAAGCUGAGCUUUUGUCAGUCGAUGUCUACAAACAGUGCAUGGAUGUCAACUUUUUAGGUGCUGUAGCAGUUACGAAAAUGUUCCUACCAAUGCUUCGGCGAUCAAAAGGGAGAGUUGUAAAUGUUUCCAGCUUACUAGGUGCAGUACCUAUCAGCAGAAUCUCUGCAUAUGCUUCCUCCAAAGCUGCACUUGAAAUGUUCUCUGAUAUCCUCCGUCAGGAAAUGAAGCCAUGGGGAGUAAAAGUAUCGAUUAUUCAGCCCACUGCCUAUAAAACAGGACAAAUCUGUAACUUUAUGUACUGGGAGCAGCAGAACCAGAGUGCUAUAAACACCCUUCCUGUGGAGGUGCUGGAAGAUUAUGGUGAAGCUUUCAUCCGAGAGAACAAGAACAAAUUUCUGCAGUCUGUGUCAACUUUCUGUAAUGACCUUAGUCCUGUGAUUAAGGCUAUAACUAUGGCUUUAUUGUCAAAGUACCCUAAAGGAAGGUACUCUGCAGGGCCAUGGAUCAGCUGCAUUAAAGCAGUCAGCUACCUUCUACCCUCAUCAGUAACGGACUCUAUUUUCUCUAGUGUCUUUCUACCUCAUGACCAGAUACCUAAUGCUUUAAAAAAUGCUAUCCAGAAAAAAUAAUUAUUUAAAUUAUUAAUUAUAUUGUGUAUUGCAGAAGAUAACUACAUUCUUUAAAUAUCCUGGGACAAUAUUUGCUAGUGUGACAUAUUUUCUAAAUUUCAUAUUAGAAUGUAUUUAACUAACAUUUCUUAAAUUAUAUUAAUGUUACUCAGAGUUGGUGUCACUUGCCAUGAGACUUGCAUCAUGGAUUUUAUUAUUUUUCUUUUUUUAAUUUAUCCAUUUAUUAACCAUAGACCUGAGAGGUUUAAUGGACCAUUAUGGAACCUUCUCACUCAUGAUCUGUGCAACAGGGGCAAUGGUAAAUGCAAUAUGGAUAGGAAGUUGAAUGAAAUUGGAGUACCUAGAGAAAACUCAAUCAGAGCCUGGAAUAAUGUAUAUAAUGAACUUUUAAUAAAUUUAUAAUGGGUUUGGA